CUCUCUCUCUCUCUCUCUCUCUCUCUCUCUCUCUCUCUCUCUUUCUCUCUCUCUCUUUUAGAGAAAGUCUCUCUCUCUCUCCUCGCGCGCCGGAGAGCAGCGCACGCUUUGUUGUCAUUAGGGAAGGCUUGAGGAAUCUUUAGGGUUCGUGCUCGGACUCUGUCAGGCAUGUAGACAAACUUCCAGCCCUGCCUGAGCUCGGAGCGCACAGAGAAGUGCAGGAAAAAGAGAGAGAACGAGGAGAGGAAAAAAAGAAAAGCACAGCGAGAGAGAGAGAGCUGAAACUUAAGACUCGCUGAGAAACUUUUCUCCUGAACAUCUGCAGAGCUGCAAAAGCCCAGAGAAGAGAGAGGGAAGAGCUCCACGCACGGAGAGGGGAGGAGGAGGAGGUGAAGAAGAAGGACUGAAAAGAAGUUCUAUCACUACUUCUACUUGUUCUUGUUGUUUUUUCUUCUCCUUGUUGUGUUUCUUCUGGAGGGAACCGACACUUCAGAAAGUGUCCCAGGAUAGAUGAGGCACUGAGGAAUGCGCAGUGGAAGCCAUGGAAACCCAGUCCCAGGCCAGUUCCGCAGCAGAGAAGAAGAAGAGGGUGGAGACCAUUGUGGCGACCAAAAGCUCCUCCUCGAGUCGAGCAGACAUCAGUGAGAAGGCUGUGGCCUCCAGCACCACCUCCAAUGAAGAUGAAAGCUCUGGUUCUCCAUACCAUCGGGAGAGGCGUAAUGCGAUCAGUGGGCAGCCGGCAGGCCUGGGCUCGGCAGCCGGUAAGCUGAGUGAGGAGCCGUCCACCUCCACAGAAGAGCGCCCCUCACAGGUGAAGAAGGAGCUGCACACCUCUUUGCCCCACCUGGCCGACCACACUCUUCCAUACCGGGGCACAUUGUUCGCCAUGGACCCCAGAAAUGGCUACCUGGAUGCCCACUAUGCCCCAACUCAGUUCUUCCCUGGUUUCCACCCUCCCGUACCCAUUGAUGACAGACACACACAGGGGCGCUACAUCUACGAGCCCUCGCCGGUACCACCGCUACACGUGCCCCCUGCAUUGGCAGGCAGCCCUGCAUUUUCAGAUAUCUCCGUCAUCCGAAUCUCGCCCCACCGGAACCCUUCGGUUGGUGCGGAGUCGCCCUUUAACCACCCACACCCGUACAUCAACCCCUACAUGGACUACAUCCGCUCCCUUCACAGCAGCCCCUCGCUCUCCAUGAUCUCUGCAGCCAGGGGACUCAGUCCUGCAGAUGCUCCACAUGCUGGUUUGACCACAGCCGAAUACUACCAUCAGAUGGCGCUGCUUGCGGGUCACCGAAGCCCCUACGCUGACAUCCUACCCUCUGCUGUGUCCUCCACCGGAGCAGGAAGUAAUGCCCUGCACAUGGAGUACCUCCAGGCUCUGGAAGGCUCUCGAUUCCCCAGUCCGAGGCUACUGGCCCGUCCAAACCGGAAACGUCCCCUGCCCUCCCCUCACUCAGACUCCAGCUUUGAUCUGCAGACGAUGAUCCGCACCUCGCCCAACUCGCUCGUGACCAUCCUGAACAGCUCACGGCCAAGCACCUCCACCAGCGGCUCCUACGGCCACCUGUCUGCUGGAACCAUCAGUCCAGCGCUGAGUUUCGCCUACCCGCCCACCCCAGUGGCACUGCAGAUGCAUCAGCAGCUGAUUGGACGGCCGCCGGGCAUUUCAGCUUUUGGACACAGUCCUCCCCUAAUCCACUCUGCUCCUGCCUUCGCCACCCAGAGACCUGUGGCAGGCAUCACCCCGUCCAGUCUCUGCCCCACAGAGCGCUCCACCGGCUCCACUGACUCACAGAGUAAACCCACCAGCGAAUCGGCUGUGAGCAGCACAGGAGAUCCCAUGCACCACAAACGCUCCAAAAUGAAACCUGAAGACGAGCCACCCAGUCCUGGAGCUGUUAGCGUGCAGGAUCAUCCAGAUGGGAUGACGCUGGUGAAAGAAGAGGGAGAGAAGGAAGAAGGGAAGCAGGAGCCGGAGGUGGUGUACGAAACCAACUGCCACUGGGAGAACUGCUGCAGAGAGUUCGACACACAGGAGCAGCUCGUACAUCAUAUCAAUAAUGACCACAUCCAUGGAGAAAAGAAGGAGUUUGUGUGCCGCUGGGAGGAGUGCUCUCGAGAGCAGAAGCCUUUCAAGGCCCAGUACAUGCUGGUGGUGCACAUGCGCAGGCACACGGGGGAGAAGCCUCACAAAUGCACGUUUGAGGGAUGCUCCAAGGCUUAUUCCAGACUGGAGAACCUGAAGACACACUUGCGCUCUCACACAGGAGAGAAACCCUACGUGUGUGAGCACGAGGGCUGCAACAAGGCUUUCUCCAAUGCAUCAGAUCGGGCCAAACAUCAAAACCGGACACACUCAAACGAGAAACCUUAUGUGUGCAAGAUUCCUGGAUGUACCAAACGUUACACCGACCCCAGCUCUCUGCGGAAACACGUAAAGACCGUCCAUGGUCCCGAAGCCCACGUCACUAAGAAACAGAGGGGGGAUGUGUACCCACGACCCCCACCCCAGCCCAGGGAACCCGGCUCUAACGGACAAGGCCGCUCGCCAGGGCAGCUGCCCUUAGGGGCGUUUACUGACCAAAGGGAGUAUAACCAUGCUACCUCAAAACAGGACGAAUGUCUGCAGGUGAAGUCAAUCAAGACAGAGAAGCCUAUGGCGUCUCAGCCAAGCCCUGGCAGUCAGUCUUCAUGCAGCAGUGACCAGUCCCCCGCCGGCCCCCAUCUCGGCCGUGGAGUCCAGCUUACUUUAAGCAGCAUCAGGCUGGUGGGGGAGGCGGUGGUGGUCGAGGACCAGGAGGAUGAAGAGGAGGAUGACAGAGAGGGAGAGGAAGAGGAGGAUGCCCCCAUUAUGGACUCCACCGUGUCCACUGCAACAGCCACAGCAGCUACUGUAGCCCUGCAGGCUCGCAGGAGCCUGAAUCGCCCUCUGCGCUGGAUGGAGCAGGUUAAGAUGGAGAGGCUUAGGCAGGUGAACGGAAGCAUUCCUAGGCUGGGACAUCUGUCCCCCACACUGCCCCCUAAAGGCCAGGCCCUGCCUGCCCUCACAGGGAAAGGCUCAUGUCCUGGCAGAGGUACCUGCGGGGGAGUACCGGUGCCCCAGCCUCCUCCACGUCCUGAGCCGUCCAGCACAGAGCUGACAAUGCUGAGUCUACUGCGGGAUCGCCGUGACAGCAGCGGUAGCACCACCAGCUCUGCCUACCUAAGCAGCAGCCGUCGCUCCUCCGGCAUCUCACCCUGUUUCUCCAGUCGCCGUUCCAGUCAGACCUCACAGUCUGAACACAGUCAGCACAGACGCUUGCACAACCUCAGCGCUACUGACUCCUAUGAUCCCAUUUCCACCGACGCCUCUCGACGUUCUAGUGAAGCAAGCCAAUGUGGAGGAGGUGGAUUGGUGCCAGGAGGAAGCUGGGGUGGUGGAAGUGGAAGUAUGGGAGGAAGUGGGAUGGGAUCAAGGGGAGUGCUGAACCUUACCCCAGCACAGCACUAUCAUCUCAAGGCCAAGUAUGCAGCUGCAACAGGUGGACCCCCUCCAACACCCUUACCUAACAUGGAACAGGUGAACUUGAAGUCCCGCAUUACUCUAGCCAGGGAUGGCCAAGAUGCAAGCCAGCUUACACUGCCGCCACUGAUCAGACCACGACGCUGCAGUGAUGGUAGUACCAAUGGACACAGCAGUCUUAUAGGUAGGCAAAGGGCAUUCUACCCAGGGGAAGGUCCAGGUAAUGGCGACAGAAGAGCUAGUGACCCUGUAAGGAGAAGAGAUCCCAGUACCUUUGAACUGCCCCAGAUUCAGCGUUUUAGCAGCCUGAAUAACAUGCACCCUUUACCCUCUCUGGUUGGUGAUCACUGUCCACGUGGUGAAGGAAUUGGUUUGAGUCUGCAGAACUACACCCGCUCACAGGGCAAUCUCCAGAGGGGCCUGCUCUCCCCAUGCCCUCCGAGCAUCAUGGAGCAAUCAGCACUUGAGGCUUUGGCCAUGGAGCAUGAUGGGUCUAUGUUAUUUAGGGAUGAGGACAUUUUGCCUGAUGAAUUGGUGCAGUACCUUCACGCACAGAACCAUGAGACUGCUUUUGACCAGGGUCCUGAUGAGGCCCAGAACUUCCAUAUUCCUCCACAAAAUCAGGAAGGUCCAGGUGCACAUAGUCCCAGCAAAGAUGGUAUGCCCAUCCAGUGGAAUGAGGUCAGCUCGGGCAGUGCUGAGGUUUCUCCUCCCCGACAGUAUCAAAGAUGUGGGAGGGGGCCAAAUCAGAGUGGAAGCGUAAGCAAUCCAUUUGGCCGCUUUGGAAAUAUGGUUGUACAGCAGUUCCCUUCGCACUUCACAGACCAGCAUGUCCCUAAUCAGAGGGCCAGUGGCCAUCAUGGGGCUGGACUGACCAACGGGCACAACUGCCCAGAUCCACACAGAGAAAGGUCAAAAUCAAACCAACAGCUGUCUUGCACAAUGAGCCCAGUUGUGAAGGUGGAGAAUACUCCAGGUAGCUGUAGGGAUACAAGAAGAAAUAACUCCAGCACACACAACCUCGGCCAGCCAGACUUUCUGCAGAUUACCCAGGGCCCAAUCCACCCAAACUGCAUUCAGCAAGCCAUGCAAAACCAUGCAAGCACACGUCAAAUCAAUGGCAACCUCCCUCACCAGCCCCAGUCUCUUAUGGCUUGUCAACCUACCACUCGAGGCUCUUCCCAACAACAGCAAUAUUCCACCCAGCAGAUCAUCAGCAAUCACCAAGCACAGUCCUAUCAGCAGCAAAGUUUUAGAAACGGAAACAGCAUCAGCUGCUCACUUGCUAAUCAAGUCUCAGGUCUGAAACUAGAAGUAGAAGACCAUCUACAAGCCAACACUUGCUCUUCCAUCCAGCAACAGCCCUUCAUUGCUGAGUGUUUUAACCCAGGAGAGUCCUCAACUUCAAACUUUAAUGUAGUACACCAACCGUGUCUAAUGGAAUCCUUGAAGAUAGAAGCUGGGGUAUCGGGUGAACCCUCAGGGGAUCUUCUGUCCCCAGGGGCUGACCAGGUGACCAGCACAGUGGAGGGCAGUCCAGGUGGCAAUGUUCUGGAUAACGUUGGUCUGGAUUUCACUUCCAUCUUGGAGGAUAACUUUGACCAGGGCAGCAUGGUGUCUGAUGUCAUGAGUCCCAGUGUUCUCCAUGGUUUAUCGCAGACUUCUUCCCGGCUGACAACUCCUCACCUCUCGGCCAUGUUUCACAGCCUGCCUCCUGGUACCAACAACAUGGCCAUUGGAGACAUGAGCUCCCUCCUCACUACCCUCGCAGAAGAGAGCAAGUUCCUUGCCAUCAUGCAGUAGGUUUUGUGACCCCCUAAUAGUGAAAGUAACAAGAAGUAAAGACUUUACUAGUGUAAUGUAUAUGGAUAAGAUAUGGAUUAAUGAAAGAAAGUUUUAGUGCUUCACACAAGCAAGAGUAGUUUAAAUGGGGGUUUAAAUAUACGUCCACUAUUUUGUAUCAGUUUUACCAACCCUUGAGACAAGAAUUGCGGAAACCAUAUAAAUACAGUAAAUAGAAAUAUAAAUACAUAAAGUCUUUCAGUUCCUGGAAUUAUAAAUGAUUAAAUGUUCAUUUUAUAUUGCUUUAAGAUGACAGUGGGUGACUUCAGUAUCAUUCCCAUCACUCUGAAACAGUAUUCUGUGUAUUAUUGCUGUUUUGCGUUUUGUCAGUAUAUGUGCAUGUUUGUUUUCUGAUCAAAUAUACAUAUACACUGUCUACUUCUGAGUGAACCAUAUAUUACAGAGGCUAUUGACAAAUAGACAACCUGACCCAACCGUCAUCAGGUCAAGGCAGGGUCAAAUAUUACAUAUAACAGGCCCUAGUGUUUAUUUUUUUAACUAUAUUCACACUUUUAUAUUGAUGUUUUAUACGUGUCUUACAUUGGUAGUGUUACAAUGGUUUCACACGUCUUAUUAAAUUGUAUUGUGUUUUGACAAAUUCUUCAAAUUUAAGUUGCAUUGAGUUCAAAUAUGAGGGACCAUAUUGUUACAUAAGGGUACUACACAGCAAAGUCCCAUAGUGAAUAAUUGUGCUACACGAUUUACCAUGACUGUAUACAUGUAAAUAGGCUUUUUUUUUUUACAUUGUAAGAUUUUACAAUUUACAUCAUGCUUACUGUGUUUAAAUGACUGGUGCUUUUGACAAGCUGUGCAUUUUGUGGCAAAAAUGGAAAAAAAUGAGGUUAUUUGUAGUAAACCUCAGAAUGAUGCGCAUUGCACAAAGCCUAAAAAAUUAAGUAUGAUGGCCAAAAUGUGCCAAAAAAGGCAUUGGUAUUAAAUCAUUUUACAUUUUGCCAAAUAGAAGUAACUUCCUUUGUAUUUGUGUAUUGUGUUUUGUUACAAAACGUGGUGAACAGCGUCAAGUCUUGGCAUUACGAAUCAGUUCUCUGUUUGUAUCUGUAUUGAUCAGUCUGUUCCUCUGAAUCUUUACGUCAAGCAAGUUGGGACAUCAUAGUGACAUCAUUUUCUUAUGCAAAGAGAAAACUCAAAUUUGGCAAAUUUGUUAACAGUAUUAAGAACAAUCUGUACAUAACUGCAUAUGUACAGUUUUAUAAGUCAUGCUGUAGCAAUUAGGUACUGUUUGUUUUUGUAUGGUUAUUUGAUUUCUUUAGUUAUUUUUUUUUUGGAAGUUGUGUAUCAGUGUCAUUCUGUUGUUUUGAAAGUGUACGAUCCAUUCCCUGAGGAAAUGACUAGGGAGGGGGUUUGGGCCAAAGGUAUGUGCCUUAUUAGUGCCUGCCGAUAUUAAAAGGAACACUGCCAAUCUUUUAUAAGGAAUUCUUACAAAAAUGUGUAUACUAAAAUGCGGCAAGAGGCCCACAACUUCAGAUAACGUUCAGUGACCAUACAUGCUUUUAGUACGAAUGGGGCAUGAAGAAAUGUGACAUCUGAAAAAAGCUGUUUCAGAUAUUGGAGAAAGCUGUUUUAGGUCAUCACAUUUCUUGCCUUUUGUUCUUUCUCUUUUUUAUACUUGUAAAUAUGUAUUCCUUUGGUAGAGUAUAGAGGAGAGAGUAUUGUGAGAAGAUGGGCCAAAAUGAGCAUACGUACCAAGUAGGAAAUUCAAUGCCCUGUCUUCAAAUUUAAGGGGAUUCGGGGUGUACGGAGUCAGGGUGCAUAGCACCCCCUGAAAGGGAACAUCUGAAUGCCCUUUUGUAUUAGAACACAACAAAUCUUUGUAAGGUUUUAAUAAAAAAGGAAAAUAAUGUA